ACAACAGGUCCCUUUCUGGAGAGAGACCUUGCAGAGUUUGCAAAGACAGCUGGUUUCAAGGACAGAGAGGUCCGCUGCCACUGUGCAACCAGAACCCAGCUUCUGAUUUCCUUCUGCAGUGCUGAGAGGGGAACUUCCAACUUCAACCUGACCAGAGAAACUGCUUUUCGUCUGAAAUCAAUUUGAUUGGGUUUUUGCGAAACCACGAUGCCGAGCCGAGCUCUUUUCCGCUUUCUGUUCCUGGGGGGCUCGCUGGCUCUGCUGCUGGGGGGCGCAGGGGCGCAGGCUCAGCACAAGCCCCGGCGCAUGGCGGCCUCGCCCGGCGGCGGGAAGCAGGCCUGCUGCGAGGACGUGCGGGCGCUGAAGGUGCAGGUGGCCAACCUGAGCAGCCUGCUGGGCGAGCUGAGCGCGCGGCACGAGGCCGAGACGGCGCGCCUGGAGGGCCGGGCGGCCGAGCUGGAGAAGGGCAAGCAGCAGCACGAGCGGCGCCUCCUGGAGGUGGAGGAGAAGUACUCGGAAGUCAACAGCCGGCUGGACAUCACGCAGCUGCAGGCCGCGCAGGCCGUCACCAAGACCUCUGCAGAUGCCAUCUAUGACUGCUCAUCGCUGUACGGCAGGAAUUACAAAAUCUCUGGCGUGUACAAACUGCCCGCAGACGAAUUCCUGGGCACCCCUGAGCUUGAGGUAUACUGCGACAUGGACACCGAAGGGGGGGGCUGGACAGUCAUUCAGAGGCGCAAGGUGGGGCUGACCUCUUUCAACCGGGACUGGAAGCAGUACAAGGAAGGGUUCGGGACCAUCCGUGGGGAUUUCUGGCUGGGCAACGAGCACAUUUUCCGUCUCACCAGACAGCCCACUGUGCUGAGGAUCGAACUGGAGGACUGGCAGGGCGAGACGCGCUACGCAGAGUACGCCCACUUCACGCUCAGCAACGAAAUGAACAGCUACAAGCUCUUCGUUGCCAACUACAGCGGCAACGCGGGCCGGGACUCCCUGAGGUACCACAACAACACCAACUUCAGCACCAAGAACAAGGACAACGACAAGUGUGUGGACGACUGCGCCCAGCUGCGCAAAGGUGGCUACUGGUACAACUGCUGCACCGACUCCAACCUGAACGGGGUGUUCUAUCGCCACGGCGACCACACCAAGCACAGCGAUGGCAUCACCUGGUAUGGCUGGCACGGCUCGAGCUACUCCCUGAAACGAGUGGAGAUGAAGAUCCGCCCACAGAGCUUCUCGCCUUAAAGACUUUUCAGGAAAAAAAAACGCAGGAGAGGGACCAUCUAAUCGUGUGGCACAAAAAAACAGCAACACGGCCGCUUAUUCUGUAAUGGUGAUUUAUUUUUAAGUUGUGGAACAUCUCCCUGGAAUAGAAAGUGCAUUGUGUUAAUAAUUGUAAAAUGUAGUGCAGUUGUAGUAUUUAUCUUUUUAAAAUCUUAAUUAUAUUUUUCAAUAAGGUUGUUGGAAAGCUGAACUUGGAUGUGCAGGUUUCCUGUAUGGAGACUAAGGAAUGGUUGUAACUUAUCGGUCAGUAUCUCCUUACUAAACCUGUUGAAGCGAAACUUUACUUUCAAAAAUCGAAUAAAGACCAAACUGUUACCUCCUUCCAUUUUUCAUUAGGGAGAUGAGAUGUGGGAGACAAAACUCACAAUAUUUGGGCUUUACAGUGCAAUGCAGAGUACUUAAAAUUAUUUUUAAAUGUCCGUUAGUAAGGUAUGUUGUAUGGCGCCUGCGUUUGGCGCAUCUGGAAACAAUAAUGACAGACACGCAUGUAUGCAUACUGAAUGAAAGAAUUAAAGGGUCUGUUUACCAGCUUGCGACAAAGUGAGAUGUUAUACUCUAAAUAAGCAGCAGUCAAAGGGGUUCUGUACUGGAAUGAACAGGAAAUGUGACAUUCUGAGAUUUCUGUAAAGAUGUGUUUAUAUUUUGAAAAGCUAAUACACAAAUGACAUUGUGGUAAUAAUAUGUUGUUGUUAUUUUGUCCUAAAAAAUUAUAUGUAAUGUGUAAAAUGUGUACAGCUUCAUAUGGCAACGUUCUAUUUGAAUAAAGAAAAACUUUGUAUUUUUAAA